AUGACAGGGAGACAGGGAGACAGGGAGACAGGGAGACAGGGAGACAGGGAGACAGGGAGACAGGGAGACAGGGAGACAGGGAGACAGGGAGACAGGGAGACAGGGAGACAUGGAGACAUGGAGACAUGGAGACAUGGAGACAUGGAGACAUGGAGACAUGGAGACAUGGAGACAUGGAGACAUGGAGACAUGGAGACAUGGAGACAUGGAGACAUGGAGACAUGGAGACAUGGAGACAUGGAGACAUGGAGACAUGGAGACAUGGAGACAGGGAGACAGGGAGAGAUGGAGACAGGGAGACUGGAGACAGGGAGACAGGGAGACAGGGAGACAGGGAGACAGGGAGACAGGGAGACAGGGAGACAGGGAGACAGGGAGACAGGGAGACAGGGAGACAGGGAGACAGGGAGACCGCCCGCAAAUGCAAAAUCUAAUUCCAUUCUAAUGUGUGGUGUGUACGAAUAUUUUGUACCAUAUAAUCGUUUCGAAACAUGA